AAUCAUAUGGUUUGCAGAAUCUAAGAAACGUCAUGAAGACAAGAACACGUAAACCUCAAACAAUGUGUCUAAAAAGAUUUCUAACGAAUGAUAAAUCUAGAGAUGCAGAGAGAGGCAAAACUAGUUUAUUAAUAGUCCGACUCUGUUAACAAUGUGUAGCUGUGAUAUCUUAUUUCCACAAUUUUCUAUUCUGAAUGUGUUUGAUUCAAUCUUUAUUAUUUUAAAAAUACACAUCUUAUCAAGUCAAACCCUUGGUGAUUGGGAGAAAUAAAGAAAAACAAGAUCUAGAGACAUGGAGGACGAAUUCAGGACCUUCAUCAAGGUUUGGUUUUCAGCAAUAAUAUCGAUAUCAUAUUGUUACUACAUAUCAACUAGAAUCAAAGCUGGUGUUUUUCGAUUGCUCACUGUUCUUCCUGUUUGUGUUCUGUUUCUUGUUCUUCCUCUGUUUUUUUCCUCUGUUCACUUCUCUGAACUUACAGCAUUUUUCCUCUCAUGGCUCGCAAAUUUCAAACUCAUCCUCUUCUGUUUCGAUCAAGGCCCCCUCGUCCCACUUCCCUCAAAUCUCCCUCGAUUCGUCUGCUUCACUUGCUUCCCUAUCAAGCCUCAACAAAACCCUAACCCUCAAAAUCAAAUCCCCAAAUGGUUUUUCGCCAUUAAAGUUGCCAUAUUUGGUGCGUUGUUGCAUAUGUAUGAAUACAAACAAUAUAUGUCUCCUUCUGUGCUAUUGGUUCUUUAUUCUCUGCAUAUAUACUUGGAGCUUGAGUUUGCCUUAAUGCUCGUCAAAGUAUUGGUCUUUAUCACUCUUGGAUGCGAUCUAGAGCCACAGUCCAAUGAACCAUACUUAGCCACUUCUCUUCAAGACUUCUGGGGCCACCGGUGGAAUCUUAUGGUCCCCGCAAUCCUCCGUCCGGCCGUUUACACUCCGGUCAGGCGACUUGCCAAACGGAUAAUGAACUCCGAUCAGGCUUUGUUCUUGGGAGUUCUCGCAACGUUCCUUGUCUCCGGUGCGGUUCACGAGCUGAUCUUCUUCUAUAUGACGCGUGAGAUGCCUACAGGGGAAGUCACUUGGUUCUUUGUGUUACAUGGAGUUUGCACUGCCACAGAAGUGGCGGUGAAGAGGACGAGUUUGGUGCAGCGGUGGUGGAGAGUGAGUCCUAUAGUAUCACGGCUUCUCACGGUGGGGUUUGUGGUUGUGACGAGUGGUUGGUUGUUUUUCCCUCCUCUUAUUAGGAGUUGCAUGAUCGAGAGACUCGCUAACGAAGCCUUUUUGUUCAUUGAUUUCGUCAAGCACAAGCUUUUUACUCUUAGGUGAUGAAUCGCUAUAUCAUUAUUCAAGUGUGAAUGUGUUUCUAUUCUAUAGCUUGAUUAUCAAAUCAUAUUACUUCGUAAAAUUUCAAAAUGACACUAAAGAAAGGUUAAGUGAA